AUGCCGCCCCCCGGCCUCAACGCCGGCACCGGCAUCGGGGCAGCUCCACUCCUCGUCCUCCGCUCCGUCACCUCUGACCCCGCCGCUGAUGCUGCCGCCGCCACGACCGGCGGCAAAAACACCGCAAUCCCGCCGUGGCUCGGCCUCCUCCCGCGACCCCAGGAUCCGAACGAGCGGAACAGCAUCUCCGUCGUGCCCGUCGCCGUGCUCUCCGCUGUCGUCGCCGCCGCCUUCGUCUGCAUGCGCCUCUACACCCGCGUCCGCAUCCUGCGCUCCGUGAAGUGGGAAGACUGGAUCAUCCUCGCGUCCCUCAUGUUCGCCAUCUGCACGAGCGCCGGCAUGAUCACACAACUCAACUUCGGCCUCGGCGAACACCUUUACUACGCCUGGCCCUCCUUCUCCUCCUACAUCCAGACGGGCAUCUUCACAAACAUCUUCUACUCCGUCAGCAUCACCCUGACAAAGAUCUCCAUCCUACUCCUCUACAUCCGCGUCCUCACCUACGACCUCGCCCGCCUGCUCGCCAAGAUCCUGCUUGCCGUCGUCAUCGUCUCCCACGCCUGGAUCAUCGUUAGCAUCCUCACGACCUGCGUUCCCCUCCAGGCCAGCUGGCGCUGGGACCCCAUCGACCCGCCGGUGUAUUGCCACCCGCCCCCCGUCUUCUGGGGCAACGUGUGCCUGCACCUGGCCACCGACUUUCUCAUCUUCCUCCUGCCGCUGCCCAUCAUCUCCUCCAUGCGCCUCCCGCGCCGGCAGAAGACGGGGCUGUAUUUUGUCUUCUGCCUCGCGUUUCUAGACCAGACCCCCGAGCAGGUCAUGGACGUGACCUGGUCCGCCGUCAGCAUCGCCAACCUCACCUGCGUCGAGGUCCACGCCGCCAUCGUCACUGCUUGUCUCCCGACCCUGAAGCCCCUGCUCUGCCGCCUCUGCCCCUGGUUCUUCAUCUCCCCCGCAAGCGGUCGCAAAGGCUCCUCGUCUUCCUCCUCGUCCUCUACCACCCAUGCCGCCGCACGAGGCGACUGGGAAAAGAACUUCUCCAACGGUGAGGCUGAGGCGCACUACCAACGGCCCCCCAGCAUCGGGACGAAACGCAGCCGCCCGCGGGUCCAGCGCGACACCUUUGCGAGCCUGUUUGACUUCAGGUACACGCUGCCGACGGCGGACGUCGAGAGCCGCCGGGACGGGGAGUUCCACUUGGCUGAGGCCAACACCGGCGCGCCGGUGCAGUGGCCGUCGACGAUGGUGUUCAAGUCGAGGUUGCAGGUGCCACAAGGGGCGAAGACCCGUGGCUCAAUGCCGAGACACGAGCAAAACCAUCAGUUUGUCGGACGGCUGGGCCCUCCGAUUUUCGAGGACCGAGUAUAA